AGUGGAGUCCCUGAAAAGGGACAGCUUUGAAAGACAGCUUCUAAAGAAUAACAAAUAGGAGGAGUUACAGUACCUGAUUUGGGGACUGCUCUUACUCAAGUGCUGCACAGCAAGGAAGAUAAUUUUCAAGCGUUAUGAAGGCGGAGGAGGAUUCUGAAGACGAGGAAAAUAUCGUUAGAGAUCCAAGCUAAGUGUAGCCCAGCAUGAAGACUGCAGAACAGGAAGAGUUGUAACGGGAAGGACCGAGUCACUUGUUAGGCGUUUCUCUGAGGGCUUGCUUUGUGAGCUACAGAGAUUUGUAACUUAAUGCGAAGUAGUUUGCUGUUAGCAACAAGAAACUAAAUCCUGUCUAUGAUGAACUGUUGGUUUUCUUGUGCUCCUAAGAACAGACAAGCAACAGAUUGGAACAAAUAUGAUGACCGAUUGAUGAAAGCAGCAGAAAGGGGAGAUGUAGAAAAAGUGUCCUCAAUCCUUGCUAAAAAGGGGGUCAAUCCAGGCAAACUAGAUGUGGAAGGCAGAUCUGCCUUUCAUGUUGUAGCCUCAAAGGGGAAUCUUGAGUGUUUGAAUGCCAUCCUCAUACAUGGAAUUGAUAUUACAACCAGUGACACCGCAGGGAGGAAUGCUCUUCACCUGGCUGCAAAGUAUGGGCAUGCAUUGUGUCUACAAAAACUUCUACAGUACAGUUGUCCCACUGAACAUGUAGACCUGCAGGGAAGAACUGCACUUCACGAUGCAGCUAUGGCAGACUGUCCUUCUAGCAUACAGCUGCUCUGCGACCACGGGGCCUCAGUGAAUACCAGAGAUGUAGAUGGGCGGACGCCACUUGUGCUGGCUACUCAGAUGUGUAGGCCAACAAUAUGUCAACUGCUGAUAGAUAGAGGGGCGGAUAUUAAUUCCAGAGACAAACAAAACAGGACUGCUCUCAUGCUAGGUUGCGAGUAUGGUUGCAAAGAUGCAGUAGAAGUCUUAAUCAGAAAUGGUGCUGAUGUAACCUUGCUGGAUGCCCUUGGCCAUGAUAGUUCUUACUAUGCAAGAAUUGCUGACAAUCUGGACAUUCUAACCUUACUGAAGACUGCAUCAGAAAAUACCAGCAAAGGGAGAGAAGUUUGGAAGAAAGGACCAUCUUUACAACAGCGAAAUUUGACGCAGAUGCUAGAUGAAGUAAAUAUGAAAUCAGAUCAGAGGGAGCAUCAAAACAUUCAGGAUCUGGAGAUUGAAAAUGAAGAUCUGAAAGAGAGGUUGAGAAAAAUUCAGCAGGAACAGAGAAUAUUAUUGGAUAAAGUAAAUGGUUUACAACUACAGCUGAAUGAGGAAGUAAUGGUUGCUGAUGAUCUGGAAAGUGAGAAAGAAAAGCUGAAGUCCCUUUUGGCAGCUAAAGAAAAGCAACAUGAAGAAAGCCUAAGAGCUAUUGAGGCUCUGAAAAAUAGAUUCAAGUAUUUUGAGAGCAAUCAUUUAGGAUCGGGAAGUCAUUUCAGUAACAGAAAAGAAGAUAUGCUUCUUAAACAAGGUCAAAUGUACAUGACAGACUCACAGUGUACUUCCACAGGUAUGCCAGCCCAUAUGCAAAGCAGAUCUAUGUUAAGACCACUAGAACUGGCCUUACCUAAUCAAACCUCAUAUUCAGAAAAUGAAAUUUUAAAGAAAGAAUUAGAAGCAAUGAGAACUUUCUGUGAUUCUGCAAAACAAGACAGACUCAAGCUCCAAAAUGAACUGGCUCACAAGGUGGCAGAGUGCAAAGCCUUAGCACUGGAAUGUGAAAGGGUCAAAGAGGAUUCAGAUGAGCAGAUAAAGCAACUAGAAGACGCCUUGAAAGAUGUUCAGAAGAGAAUGUAUGAGUCAGAAGGUAAAGUGAAACAAAUGCAGACACAUUUUCUUGCCCUGAAAGAGCACCUAACAAGCGACGCAGCUACUGGGAACCACAGACUGACAGAAGAACUGAAGGAUCAGUUGAAAGACAUGAAAGUGAAAUAUGAAGGUGCGUCUGCAGAAGUGGGGAAAUUAAGAAACCAAAUCAAACAAAAUGAGAUGUUAGUUGAAGAGUUUAAGAGGGAUGAAGGCAAGCUAAUGGAAGAGACUAAGCGACUGCAGAAGGAAUUGAGCAUGUGUGAACUGGAGCGAGAGAAGAGAGGGAGAAAGGUCACCGAGAUGGAAGGCCAGUUAAAGGACUUGUCAUCCAAGCUGGCCCUUUCCAUUCCGGCAGAGAAAUUUGAAAACAUGAAGAGCUUGUUGUCAAAUGAAGUAAAUGAGAAGGCAAAAAAAUUAAUAGAGAUGGAAAGGGAAUAUGAAAGAUCACUUAGCGAAAUUAGACCGUUAAAGAGAGAACUUGAGAAUUUGAAGGCCAAACUGGCUCAGCAGGUCAAGCCGGAAGAACAUGAGCAGCUCAAGAGCAGAUUAGAGCAAAAGUCAGGAGAACUUGGGAAGAGAAUCAGUGAGUUAACGUCGAAAAAUCAGACACUACAGAAGGAGAUCGAAAAGGUCUAUCUGGAUAAUAAGCUCCUCAACCAACAAGUGCAUAACUUAACGACUGAAAUGAAAAAUCAUUACGUCCCUUUAAAAGUAAGUGAAGAAAUGAAAAAGUCACGUGAUGUAAUUGUUGAUGAUUUGAAUAAAAAGCUUUCAGAUGUGACACACAAAUACACAGAAAAGAAGUUGGAAAUGGAGAAAUUGCUGAUGGAAAAUGCCAGUUUAAGUAAGAACGUUAGCCACCUGGAAACUGUGUUCAUACCUCCAGAGAAACACGAAAAAGAGAUAAUGGCCCUGAAAUCUAAUAUUGUUGAACUUAAGAAGCAGCUAUCUGAACUUGAUAAAAAAUGUGGUGAUGACCAAGAGAAAAUAUAUUCGCUCACAUCUGAAAACACUGACUUGAAAAAGAUAAUGAGUAAUCAGUAUGUGCCAGUGAAAACCCACGAAGAGAUUAAAACUGCUUUGAGUAGCACAUUGGAUAAAACCAGCAGAGAAUUAGUAGACGUGAAGAAGAAGUGUGAAGAUAUAAAUCAAGAAUUUGUGAAAAUAAAAGAUGAGAAUGAAAUAUUAAAAAGAAACCUGGAGAACACUCAGAACCAAAUAAAAGCUGAGUACAUAAGCCUAAGAGAGCACGAGGAAAAGAUGAGUGCUGUGAGGAAGAGCAUGAAGAAGGUCCAGGACAACAGUGCCGAAAUAUUGGCUAACUACAAAAAAGGCCAGGAGGAGAUUGUAACACUGCAUGCCGAGAUCGAGGCCCAGAAAAGGGAACUUGACACAAUACAAGAAUGCAUCAAGCUAAAAUAUGCCCCAAUUAUCAGCUUUGAAGAGUGUGAGAGAAAAUUUAAAGCUACCGAGAAAGAACUAAAAGAACAGUUAUCCGAGCAGACACAAAAGUAUCACAUCAGCGAAGAAGAGGCCAAGAAGUGCAAGCAAGAAAACGACAAGUUAAAGAAGGAGAUCCUCACUCUUCAGAAGGAUCUAAAGGAUAAAAAUGUUCUUGUUGAGAAUUCUCAUGAAAUGGAAAGAGCAUUAAGCAGAAAAACAGAAGAGCUGAACAGACAGUUAAAAGACCUGUUGCAGAAAUACACAGAGGUAAAGAACGAGAAAGAGAAGCUGGUGGAGGAAAAUGCCAAGCAGACCUCUGAGAUGCUUGCAGCACAAACUCUUUUGCAGAAACAGCAUGUUCCACUGGAACAGGUUGAGGCCCUGAAAAAGUCUCUUAAUGGCACAAUUGAGAUGCUUAAGGAAGAACUGAAGAGUAAGCAAAGGUGUUAUGAGAAAGAGCAGCAGACAGUGACCCAACUGCGGCAGAUGCUGGAGAAUCAGAAGAACUCCUCUGUGCCCCUGGCAGAGCAUCUGCAGAUUAAGGAAGCAUUUGAGAAAGAAGUUGGAAUCAUAAAAGCUAGCUUGAGAGAAAAGGAAGAAGAGAGCCAAAACAAAACCAAAGAGGUCUCCAAACUCCAGUCUGAGAUUCAGAAUACGAAACAAGCAUUAAAAAAAUUAGAGACUAGGGAGGUGGUUGAUUUGUCUAAAUAUAAAGCAACGAAAAGUGAUUUGGAGACACAGAUUUCCAACUUAAAUGAAAAAUUGGCCAAUCUGAAUAGGAAGUAUGAGGAAGUAUGUGAGGAGGUUUUGCAUGCCAAAAAGAAGGAACUGUCUGCAAAAGAUGAGAAGGAAUUGCUCCAUUUCAGCAUUGAGCAAGAAAUCAAGGAUCAGCAGGAACGAUGCGAUAAGUCCUUAACAACAAUCACAGAGUUACAGAGAAGAAUACAGGAAUCCGCCAAACAGAUCGAAGCUAAAGAUAAUAAGAUAACUGAACUGCUCAGCGAUGUGGAAGGACUAAAACAAGCACUCAGUGGCCUUUCCCAGCUCACCUGCGCGAGCAGGGGUCCCAGUAAGAGGCAGAGUCAGCUGAUUGGCAGUCUGCAGCACCAGGUCAAGUCCCUGCAGCAGCAGCUGGCGGAUGCUGACAGACAGCACCAAGAAGUAAUUGCAAUUUAUCGGACACACCUUCUUAGUGCUGCACAGGGUCACAUGGAUGAAGAUGUGCAGGCGGCCUUACUCCAGAUCAUACAGAUGCGGCAAGGGCUUGUGUGCUAGCAUCAGCACCCACCAGCCGAUGCUGGCUUUCCCUGCUGGUGCUGAGCAUUCUGUGUGCAACUCCAUGGCCUUUCUGGACCUCACUUUCCCUCAGCUUUCCCUGCUGGUGCUAGUAUAAUUAAAAUAAAGUAUAUUUUGAUCCAUUAGUAGGUUUUUAACUUAGACAAAUACGUUACUGAGUUUUUCAAUAUCAGUUCAAAUCUUAUAUUCUUUAUACGUUAAUUUUACAAUUAGAUAAACAACAUAACACUUUGCCUUGGAUUGGCUACUUAUUUUUAAUUGAUUGAGUACUCAAUAAAACAUGAGUCAUAUGAGUGGGUCCAUAUGAAGAGGGAUUAGGCUGAAAUAAUUAUUAAAGUUUUCUUCCAGAGAAAUUAAUUGGGUUGGUAGCAACUUUUAAGUGGAUCAAGAGAUCUUUCAGAUGUUCAGUCAAGCCAUGAGACCUAAUGCAGUUUCAAGGAAUGCAUGGUAACUUGGCUGGCCAAGUUCCAUUUUUAUUAAAGUAACUUAAUGAGUGCUUUUGACUUCUUUUGGAGGUACAGAUAUUUUUUCUCUCUACACUAGUAAGUAUUAUGCCUUUUAAAAUAAAUUUCUUUUCACAAAUGGUUUGCAGUGCUAAAUUACAUUUAGGCUAAGAACAGGCAAGGGUGGAAUAUAUCAGGAAUUUAUAAUAAAAUUUCCUCAUAAUCUCCGCAGCGGUAUCUUAAUUUUCACUUGUAAUGACUUUUCUUUUUACAGUAUGAAGAGAACUAUGAUAAAUGGUAUACUGGAUUUUUCAAAGUGUCAAAAAUGUUAGACUUUUUUUAGUAAUUACUCUGACAUUUGCUACUGUAGUAGCAAAGCACUCAUUAUAUAUUCAUCCUCCAAAUGUUUUGUACUUAUUUAUAGGAAAAUUGCACUAAUGAGAUUAAUAAUGUGAAAUGCAUUUUUUUUUGCAAAAUUAGCAUUAGAAAAUUGAUUUUAGAAGACAGAUCUUUAAGGUUUUAGACAAAAGUGCAAUAACAUUGUAAACUGUAAGAAUAUAGAUAGCAAGAAAAUAAUGAAAUUGGGCAUGUUUAUAGUAAAUAUUAUAACCAACCAUUUUUAUUAACUACAUCUCAUUAAGGAAAGUUUAUAUGUUUUGUUAUUUUAUUAAUAUUUUAUUUACAGUUCAGAUUGAAAAUGACUAAUUUGACUGUUAGCAAAUAAACUAAACAAAUGAAUCAUUGCAGCCAAGCUUUUUAAAUUGCAAAAUGUGCCUUAGCAAUAAUCUUUGAGCAUCCUGAACCAGAUUUUUGAUCCCAUUUUUGUGUAAUAACAAGGACAAAGAACCAUCAAAAUAUCAAUAACUUAUUCCACCAAAGAAUAAGCCAUUGUGUUUCUUCAGUAUAGAAACAGAAGCGAAAAGUCAGAAACGGAUUUCUUUUGAAUUCUUUAGGUAGGUAUAUACAAUAAACAAUGUUUGGAUUCUUUAAUUUUUAUAUUUAAUGUUGUCCUUCAGCAUGAGCUCUGUGUCAUGAGUUUUAGGUCACCUAUUGAAGCUCUAGAGUAGAGAAGUUCUUAACUGAAUACUUACAUUUCAGUGUUAUAUUUUCCUUAUUAAGGGUGGGAAGGGAACCCCUAUAUGGGUUUAUAUAUGUUUUAUUUUGUCGUCAACCAUCAAUAAAAUGUUUUCUGUGAAA